AUGCGUUCUCUCGCUUUCCUCCUCCCCGCCCUCGUGGCCGCCUCUCCCAUUGGCCCCACCGGUCCCGAUGGCUGGAAUGAUGGCCCGGACCCGAAUGAGAUCCAGAUCGUCGAUGCCAGCUUCUCUGGCAACGGCUGCCCUCAGGGAACCGUUUCCACCAGCAUCUCUCCCGACAAGACUGUCAUCACUUUCGGCUUCGACAGCUUCCAGACCUACAUCGGGCCCGACUACAACCCCACUGACCGCACCAAGAACUGCCAGCUUCACUUGAACCUCAAGUACCCCGGUGGCUUCCAGUUCUCCGUUGUCGACAGCACGUACCACGGCUACGCCCAGCUCGACGCGGGCGUCACGGGCACCUUCUACUCCACCUACUACUUCAGCCAGGACGCCUCGGCGACCACGACGACCCAGACCUCCAUCUCCGGAGGCGGCAUCUGGGAGCAGGGCCAGGUCUACACCAAGGCCGACACCGUCCCGACCGCCAGCUACAUCUUCUCGCCCUGCGGCGCCAACGGCAUCCUCAACAUCAACAACCGCAUCGCGCUCACCAGCACUGACAAGUCCGCCAGCGGCCUGCUCACCGACGACGACGCCACCGUCGCCUUCACCCAGCAGAUCCACCUCAGCUGGAAGUCGUGCAAGAAAUAA